AUGGCUGCUAGUAGCGUCCCCGGAGUGGUGUCUGUUUCCGGGAUACCAGAUGGUAACGCUUCGAACGCUGCUGCAGGCGGCGCUCCGGGUAACGAGGGGGCUGGGGACUGCAUAUACAUAGAUUUUGACAUCUUGGGGGAUGAUCAGACAGAUUCAAAGGAAUUGCUAGAGGCACUGAAGGAGCAGCUGACGAGACCUGAUGCUCCAAUUCAUAACGGCAUGUUCGGUAUAUUUGCUGACAAGGCUCAGCUCGAGGACCUGCCAGCAGGCUCCUCCAAGACACCUGUAGUGGAGCCUCAGGGUGGUGAUAACGAGAACGUGGGUGGCGAGUCGUCGUCUGCGGAGCAGUUGGCAGUAGAGCGGCAUCUGGCUGCUAUCGAACUCAGUGAUGCUAAGGCUGAGAUUGAGGAACUCAAAAAACAGUUGUCUGACUCGGUGUCGGCACAUCAGUCGUCUCUAAGCCAGUUAUCAGACGCUAGGAACCAACUAGAUGAGACCAUGAGUCAAGUGGCUAAGCUUGAGGGACAAGUGAACAGUCUGAAGAGCCAGAACAAGGGGUUAACGACGGACUUGAGUAAUGCAAAGGACAUGUGGAUGAAAGAGUCCACCCGUGCCUCGAAGCUCCAGGAUGAGCUUAACACGAGGGAUGACCAGAUAGCUGAGGACUCUCGGAGGUUAGCGGAGAUGGCGGCCACCAAUGAGGCGUUGCGAAGGGAGAAUGCUCAGUUGAAGAAGCUCUUUGAGGGCUCUGAACAGGAGGUAGCGGCAAGGGCUAAGGCUGCUGAUAACAACUUUGGACGCAUGAAUGAGAGUUACUUCGGUGAUGCCCGAGUACCACCAACGUCAUCAAGGACACCAGCAGCUAUGGCGUCCAGUUUGGAGGAUAUGGUCGCUCCACAAACUGAUGGGUUCAUAAGACCUCUCACCACAGCUACUACUGCCUCGGCACCAUUGGGUACGACUGGCUCCCCAAUGAAGACGACCAACUUGGGGUCAGCAGGUGUUAGUGGUGGCGCCCUCCUGCCACACAACGUUGGGACGCCAGCCACUGUGGAGCGGUUCCGAGCUCUUAUAGGCGCUCAGGAGGGAGUACUGUAUGAAGAUGAGAUACUCCAAAUCGGUGUUCAAUCGUCCUACACCUGCGGCAUGGGAGAAGGGCAGGUUAGUAUAUACUUCGGCAAUAAGAGCUCGGGAGCUCUCGAUGGCUUUACCGUUGAGUUGAUAUCGGGCGACGAUAUAACCCUAACGCCGACAGAGGCCGUCCCGACAGCUAUCAGGGCUAAGCAGCAGAUACGGUUGACAGUGAAGGCAGUGUGUACUAAGCCGACUCAGCAAAUCCCAAUGAUGAGUAUGCGAUUCCUAUUGUUCGAUAAUACGCCUCGGACACUGUCAUUGCGGCUUCCUAUUCUCCUGUCGAAAUUCAUGGCCCCCGUGGACAUACCAAAUGCUGGUGAUUUCUUCAGCAUGUGGCGACACCAUAUAUACCAUUUAUCUGAGCAGUCCGCUGUAGUGAGUAUAACAACCUCGUACGACUGCCGGGACAGUCUUUUAGCGCUCGCCCGAUCAGCGACUUUGGGAGGGGUUCUCAAGCUUCACUCACAGCUCGAUGCCAACCCCAAUAAUCUUGUUUUAUGUGGUAAGUUCCCGGCAGACAGCCCAGAAGGAAUACAGUGUUUUACUCUUCCUAAUGCUACGGUCCUCGUCCGGAUUGAAGUCGGUACGGGUCCUCAGCAUGCAGGGAAAGCCAGAGUUGCGGUGCGGUCCUCAGAGCCUCUAGUAGCAUUGGCGGUCCGAGAUGAUCUGCUACUGGCCUUCGCCGAGCUUCCAGUGGAUGAGGAACCUCACGACCCCAACUUUGCCGCGUGA